GAUGGGAUCCCCUUCAAUUUAUUCGUCUUAAGCUUCGUUAAUGUCCCUUUGUUGAAAGCGUAUUUACUGAUUCCGUUUCAGACCGAUGCGCACGCAUUCAACAAGGGCUUGCUGAUGAACGCAGCAGUAAUAGAAUCGAGCAAACGUGUGCCUUUUGACUGCAUUAUAUUUCACGACGUCGACUUGGUACCUGUUUUGGGCGACGACGUGUACUACAAUUGUCCGGCGUACCCUCGACAUCUGAGCGUCAAAAUCGACAAAUUUAACUACACAAAUUUGCUCCUCAAGAUUGCCCUGAAGCGAUACCGGUUGGAUGGACUCAAUACUGCCAAAUACCGCGUCAUAACGACAAAUGUAACCUCCGUUUGCGACCUCCUUGGCAACGAUCGCAGUACCUGUUUAUGGAGGAGUCUCAACUUAUUCCAUUUCCUAAUCCACCCUGUUCCCAUUAGUGGUUCUAAUGUACUGCAGAUUUUUCAUAAACACUAA